AUGGGCCCCCCCGGCGCGCUGCCCGCCCUGGCCUGGCUGCUGGUGGGGCUGAGCGUGCCGGCGCCGUGCCGGAGCCAGCUGCAUGGCGAGAAGGGCAUCUCCAUCCCUGACCAUGGCUUCUGCCAACCCAUCUCCAUCCCGCUCUGCACCGACAUCGCCUACAACCAGACCAUCAUGCCCAACCUGCUGGGUCACACCAACCAGGAGGACGCGGGGUUGGAGGUCCACCAGUUCUACCCCUUGGUGAAGGUCCAGUGCUCCUUGGAGCUCAAGUUCUUCCUCUGCUCCAUGUACGCGCCGGUCUGCACGGUGCUGGAGCAGGCCAUCCCGCCGUGCCGCUCCAUCUGCGAGCGGGCGCGCCAGGGCUGCGAAGCCCUCAUGAAUAAAUUCGGUUUCCAAUGGCCGGAGCGAUUACGUUGCGAGAAUUUCCCCCGGCACGGCGCCGAGCAGAUCUGCGUGGGGCAGAACCAUUCGGAAGACGGCGGUUCGCCGGCGUUGCUCACCAGCGCCACGCCGUUGGCCGGCCAAGGCACCCCAGGCGCCCCUCGUUACGCCACCCUCGACCACCCCUUCCACUGCCCGCGGGCGCUGAAGGUGCCCAGCUACCUCAACUACAAGUUCUUGGGCGAGAAGGACUGCGCGGCGCCCUGCGAGCCCACCCGUCCCGACGGCCACAUGUUCUUCAACGAGGACGAGAUCCGUUUCGCCCGUAUCUGGAUCCUCAUCUGGUCCGUCUUGUGUUGCGCCUCCACCUUCUUCACCGUCACCACCUACCUGGUGGACAUGCAGCGUUUCCGCUACCCCGAGCGACCCAUCAUCUUCCUCUCGGGGUGUUACACCAUGGUGUCGGUGGCGUACAUCGCCGGCUUCGUGCUGGAGGAGAGGGUGGUCUGCAACGAGCGUUUCCAGGAGGAUGGCUACCGCACGGUGGUACAGGGCACCAAGAAGGAAGGUUGCACCAUCCUCUUCAUGAUGCUCUACUUCUUCAGCAUGGCCAGCUCCAUCUGGUGGGUCAUCCUCUCCCUCACCUGGUUCCUGGCCGCCGGCAUGAAGUGGGGCCACGAGGCCAUCGAGGCCAACUCCCAGUACUUCCACUUGGCCGCCUGGGCCGUGCCGGCCGUCAAGACCAUCACCAUCCUGGCCAUGGGGCAGAUCGACGGGGACCUGCUGAGCGGCGUCUGCUUCGUGGGCCUCAACAACAUCGACCCUCUGCGGGGCUUCGUGUUGGCCCCGCUCUUCGUCUACCUCUUCAUCGGCACCUCCUUCCUCCUGGCCGGCUUCGUCUCCCUCUUCCGCAUCCGCACCAUCAUGAAACACGGAGGGACCAAAACGGAGAAGCUGGAGCGGCUGAUGGUUCGCAUCGGGGUCUUCAGCGUCCUCUACACCGUCCCGGCCACCAUCGUCAUCGCUUGCUAUUUCUACGAGCAGGCCUUCCGCGAGCACUGGGAGCGCAGCUGGAUCAGCCAGAACUGCAAGAGCUUGGCCAUCCCCUGCCCGCUCCACUUCACCCCCCGCAUGACCCCCGAUUUCACCGUCUACAUGAUCAAGUAUCUCAUGACUCUCAUCGUGGGCAUCACCUCCGGCUUUUGGAUAUGGUCGGGUAAAACCCUGCACUCGUGGAGGAAGUUCUACACGCGGCUCACCAACAGCAAGCAGGGCGAGACGACGGUGUGACCCCCGCUCCGAGCCCGGCCGCCGCCCUUCGGCUUGAAUUUUUUUGGGGUUUUUAUUAUAUAUAUUUUUAUUUUUAGAUUUAUUA